CCCAUUGCAGCGAGCAGCGUGGAAGAGUUCUACCCACAUUUAGCAAGCGCACACUUAUCUGCCUCUCCUCACAAAGCCGAGCUCCAAAAACAAAGGUUCAGCUCCAUGGCCAGAUACAUGCGUCCUCCGAAUACGUCCUUGUUUGUCAGAAACAUCUCUGAUGAGUCCAGGCCUGAGGAUUUGCGGCGUGAAUUUGGCCGCUAUGGGCCAGUAGUUGAUGUCUACAUCCCACUUGACUUCUAUACCCGUCAGCCAAGAGGAUUUGCAUACAUUCAGUUUGAGGACGUGCGCGACGCAGAGGAUGCUCUUCACAGCCUGGACAGGAAGUGGGUGUGCGGCCGCCAGAUCGAGAUCCAGUUUGCCCAGGGAGAUCGAAAGACGCCCAAUCAGAUGAAAACCAGGGAGCGGCGCUCCCCGGGGAGGUCAUCCCGCUACGACGACUACGAUCGCGGCAGCCGUCGCAGACGCUCGCGCAGCCGCAGCUACGAGCGCUACAGGUCACGUAGCCCCUCUUACGACCGCCACCGCAGGCGCUCUGAGAGCCCUCGAGAAUCUCGUGGAUGCCAGUACGGACGAGGAGGAAGCAGAGGCCGGGAUGAUGAAAGGUCCAGGCAGAAGUCUCAGAAGGAGUCCAAAGGAAGGUCCGCCUCCAGGUCAGUGUCCCCCCACGAGUCCACAAAGCAUGUGUCGGCGUCCAACUAUGAAGCUGAAGACGCAUGGCCGACCCGCUCGCCGUCACACUCCAGGUCCCGGUCCCGCUCCCGCUCCGCGUCACGGUCGAGCUCCCGCUCCCGUUCCUGGGCGGGACACAAGUCAGGGCGACGCUAG